UCAAACGCGCGCAGGAAGGUACGAGAGGACGCACGUCACGGAUAACACACACUCCAAAUCUGGCCCAAUCUGGCAACACUGUCAAGGAGCAGAGACGGAGCAUUGGAGACGGCGUCUCGAUCACACUGGAAACAGACAGAUACAUGGACUAUUGGAUGCAUUCGUUGUUUGCUGAAUUACCCUAACGCAAUGAAACAAGCCUCAAUCCUGUGACAUCGGGAUUAUGCCAAACUUCAACCAGCUACCUCCAAAAGGCUUCGCACUUUUGACAGCUGUCAUUAAUAUUUCCCAUCGUUAUGACGAAAUAUAAACUAAUCCUAACAUUUAUGUUGAUGGCGGUGGCAUGGCAUGGCACCACCGGUGAACCACAGACUCUCUCCUCACCUGCGACGCGUUUGAACUCAACCACAUCCAUGACUGAGGAUCAGUCGAAGAUGAACUCUUCCACAGCCACCACCGAGUCUCGUAUCUCAUCCAUACUGACCCACCUACCCACUUUGAAGGUCCUUGUUAUCCUCAUCGUCGUGGUGACAGCUGUGCUCAUCACGUGCCUGGUCAUUAAAGUAAUCAGAUCUGGAAGACGAAUUCGGAAAACACGAAAGUAUGACAUUAUAACGACGCCCGCCGAGCGAGUGGAGAUGGCGCCACUCAAUGACGAUAAUGAGGAUGAAGACGACUCAACCCUCUUUGAUGUCAAGUACAGGUGAAUGGAAGCAUUGGCGUCAACAUCAUUUUUUGUUAGAAGAAAAUCUGAAGUACUUUACAUUACACACUUUGUAGUGUACUAUGUUGAAAACUUGACAAUUUCCCCAAACUUCAGCAAUGUGAUUUUUAUUGAAGGUUGCUCUUCUGACAUAUUUUAUAAAGUCUUAAUAUUUGGGCUGCCAUCAUCCCAUAAUAACAAAUUUCCCGUCAGAUAUGAAUUGAAACCUACAUUUGAAUGUUUCAGACAAUGCACCACAUAACUGUAUUACCUGUUACACAAACACCUCUAAAUGUUUGGCAGGAGUUCAUAGUAAGAUUCUGUCUCAUGUACUAUCACAAACUCAUACAGAGAGAUUCAAACAGAACAUGUUUUAAUUUCAGCCCUAGUUGUUAGCCUGGCCAAUUCAUUUAAGUGUACUUGACUAAAGCCAAGACCAAUAUUUGCUGAAUCAAAUGUACGAAGGAUUGUUAAUUUACAGAUGCCAUUUGUGUUUUAACGGUAUGCUGUUUACUGCCAUACUGAAGGUGGUUCUUAUGGCACAUAUAAGAACUGACUUCUCAUAUGAUAUGAGAAGUCAGUUCUUUGCUUGUACUAAGUUGCAGAUCUACUGAUUCAUGGAAAGGAAAUUAUCAUUCCAUUAGCUAGGAGUAGGCUGACUUUCACUGCACUGAAUUAAUUCUAUAAAGUCAACCCUCUGAUAUAAUCGCUGAUAUCAGCUGCUAAGUGGGAUGGCAAAAAUGGAACUGCUUACCAAUGACUCUUCGGUCACACAGCUGAAACUCUGAGCUGAUAACUAUUCUUUGACAAUGGCUGGCCUUUUGGGUUAAUUUUUUUUCUUGGUGUUUUUUAAGAUCAAGUUUCCUUUGUCUAUAAAGGAAUGUAGGCUUUCACUGACCUUCCUCAAAGACAAUUGGACAGGAUGUGUGUGUGUGUGUGUGUGUGUGUGUGUGUGUGUGUGUGUGUGUGUGUGUGUGUGUGUGUGUGUGUGUGUGUGUGUGUGUGUGUGUGUGUGUGUGUGUGUGUGUGUGUGUGUGUGUGUGUGUGUGUGUGGCUUUGACCUCCCACCCAGAGAAUGAAUACUGCUUUUAAUGUCUUAGGACAAUAUCAGAAGUCCUGUGUUACCUUUCUUGUAGGUGUUCCUCUGUACAAAAAUACAUAUUACAAAGCUUUAUCUGUACAUGUCUGUAAAUUCAUUGGACAUAUAUUAAAGAUUAUAUCAAUUAUC